AGCUGAUUACAGGCAUUUAAAGCUGAUGACGAUUACGAAGGCUUCAGUUACCGUAAAUGCUGUUCAGACGCGUAGAUGUUGUCAAAUAAGGCGCUGGGCAAGACGUAUUUUGAACGCUUUUCUGAGUGACGUUGGAUAAUACAAGGACAUCUACGUUUCUGUUUCCACACAGCGCAGAUUAAUUUGCGCACAAGGACAGUUUACACUGGGCACAGUCUUCAUGGACUUAAAACACAGUUAACACAGUUAACUCGCAGACAACGGAGCGGGGACGGAGAAACACUGCAGCCGAAUCCAGAGGACAAUGUCCAGCACUACAAGACGAGGAAUCCAGGAAAACGGGAUCUAGGGAUCAGAGCCGGAAACGCGCAACUUGUAGAAUGUGGAAGACAUGCGCAGAGCUGUCUAGACCAGAGGCCGUCAAAAUUCUCGCUAGAUCCGACAUGAUUGGCCAUGGGGGUCUUAACCAACUAGGCGGCAUGUUUGUGAACGGACGGCCUCUCCCGGAGAUGAUCCGGCAGCGCAUCGUGGACAUGGCGCACCAGGGCAUCCGCCCCUGCGACAUCUCCCGCCAACUGAGGGUCAGCCACGGCUGCGUCAGCAAGAUCCUGGGCCGGUAUUAUGAGACGGGUAGCAUCAAGCCGGGGGUGAUUGGUGGUUCCAAGCCCAAGGUGGCCACGCCCAAGGUGGUGGAGAAGAUCGGGGAGUACAAGCGGCAGAACCCCACCAUGUUCGCCUGGGAGAUUCGAGACAGGCUGCUGGCGGAGGGGGUGUGCGACAGCGACACCGUGCCCAGCGUCAGCUCCAUCAACAGGAUCAUCAGGACCAAAGUGCAGCAGCCGUUCAACCUGCCGCUGGAGGGGAAGGGCCUCAGUCCAGGACACGUGCUCAUCCCCAGUUCGGCAGUCACCCCUCCAGAGUCUCCCCAUUCGGACUCUCUGGGCUCCACGUACUCUAUCAGUGGCCUGCUGGGGCUCCCACAGGCUGGAGCCGAGAGCAAGAGGAGCCACGACGACAGCGACCAGGAGAGCUGCCGGCACAGCAUCGACUCGCAGGGCAGCGGGGGCGGCCACAGGAAGCAGCUCCGCCCGGAGCACUUCCCCUCCCAGCACCUGGACUGCGGGUUCGAGCGCCCCCACUACCCCUCCGACGCCUUCGUCCCCCCCGGGAAGACCGAGCAGGCUCUGUAUUCUCUCUCGCUCAUCAACGGAACCCUGGAAGAGGGGAAAGUCGGCCUCUCAGCAUCGAGCGCCGCCAUUGGUCGGAACCUGACCGCGCACCAGGGCUACGCUGUAGUGACCGACCCCCACAGGCCCCUCCCACUUUGUCUGAAACAGGAACUGUCCCCCGAGGCGACUAGCUCCAGCCCCUCCCCAAACGUGGCACCAAACCCCGCCUUCCUGGAGCUGCAGCCAAUCCCGGCCCCUGCCCCUAUCGGUGGCGGCUGCGGGGGCUCCUCCCAUUUCUCGCAUGCCUUCAACUCAUUCUCCCAUCAUGCUCCUAUCUAUGGGCAGUUCACCAGCCAGCCAAUCUUAGCAGGGCGGGACAUGGUGAGCUCCACCCUCCCCGGAUACCCCCCACACAUCCCCUCCAGCGGCCAGACGGGUUACUCCUCUGCCGCCAUCACCGGCAUGGUGACAGGAGCAGAUUACUCUGGUCAGGCCUACACACCAUACAGUGAAGCUUGGCGGUUUAGCAACUCCAGUAUCCUGGGCUCACCCUAUUACUACAACUCGGCCUCACGGACCGCUCCCUCCUCAGCCACGGCCUACGACCACCUUUAGUAACCGCGGAAACGCCCCACCCUGACAGGGGGGACAGACCCGGAGGUUUUCCGGCUAAGGGUACGAUCACGGAGCGAGUGCGAAAGGCGAAGGAGAAACACAAGUCUGCCGCUGUUCACCCGCCAUUUUGUCAGAGAGGUAGCGGGAGAGGGAAGAAGCCGUCGCCGGGACCACAAGAGGUGCCAGAGCGCGAGAGCUCGUUCGGAGGCCAAACCCCGGCUGAAGGUCGACGGACGGCAGUCCUCGCGUCACCUCCCCAAUUUUUAUUAGCCCGCACAAUAUAUCCCCUUAGGUCUUUACCCCGCCUCGUCCUGAAACCCGCUCACCGAGGCGCUCCCGCCAGGUAACCUGAGGUGAAGCGCCUCGCUCGUUUCCACCCGGCGGCCAUUUCCCACCUGGCGUUUUUUUUAAGUGCGACUUUCAAACCCCCGAAACCAUAACUCCGCUCCGCACCGCCGCGCGGCUGACUCUCUCUCUCUUAAGUGCCGUCCGGGCGGCCGAAGCCCUCGACGCGGCAUUGCAGAGCCGGCUUUACUGCGGCCGCCCAAGGCAACGGGGAUGACGGCCGCUUAAAUCACGGAGGGAUUCAUUCAAGCUGCAGCGCGCGGCCCGGCUGCAUCCCUGCUGACUGAAACGGUCUCUAUCCCUCGACGGAUGGCGAUCGGCGGCGGCCAUCUUGGCUCUGCUGUCACUAUGGUUUUUUUUUUUUGUUUCCCCCAAAGACGCUGGCCAAGAACCUGUCGCUUGUGACUCAGUGUGACUCAGUUAAACUCUUCAUUGGUUGCAGCAGCGGAAGGACGUCUCAGCGCAGGAGAAGCAAGCCUAAAAGUGGGCAGCAGAUCUGCAUGCGGCAGAGGGACUGUAAAAGCCCGCACCCCCCGAUAAUGAUCCCCCUCAGACACUUCGCCACGCGGGGGGUGUGUAACUCCGCCCCCCGCGGUCACAGCGGGAGUUUUGGAGUUACGGAGGAUUACAAGCUGUUCCCCCAGCAAUCCCCCGCCUCGCCAGCCGAUGCCUCUGCUCCAGGGGCGAGAGUCGAACCACUUCCAGCGGCAAACGGAAACUAAAGCUGGGGAAUGAUUACGUUCUCUUGGCCGUCUGUCAAUAAAGUGAGCAUCCCCAUCCCUGCGUGUGUGUGUGUGUGUGUGUGUGUGUGUGUGUGCGUGUGUGUGCGUGUGUGCGUGUGUGUGUGUGUGCGUGUAAGUGUGUGUGUGUGUGUGUGUGUGUGUGUGUGUGUGCGUGCGUGUAAGUGUGUGUGUUUUCUCUACAGUUUUCUGGUACAUUCAGGCGACUACUGCGGGAGCCAGUAGUGAGAAAUCUGCAUGCUAUAAAGUCAACAUUCACCCCUUGACUCCGUCAAAAUGAAUUUCAUACUUUAAGUUGCCGAUAAAACCACCACCGUUACACGUUGUAUUUGCACAGCAGAAGGCCCUGGGCGACUGACAUUUUGACGCUCGCUGAAGCAGUUCCAAGUUAAAAGACUUUCGCUGCCCCGCCCGGGACGCAAACCCGCAAUCCCUUGGGGACAAAGCCAACCUUUCUAACCGCUAAACCGCCCAGUGCGACGGCAAAUAUCAUUUUCGGAUUCUGACACGCCACUUCCUCGCUAAAGUAUAUUAAGUACAAAUACUACGAGAACAGAACAAAAGACUGAGCAAAAGAAGAGCGAGGAUGAUCGGUGUGUGGGCGCUACAGACACAAUCGCUGCUGCAGUUUCGUUUCUGGUCUGAAUCUACAGUGUUAAUGUUCACUGUGGGAACUGCUACCAUAACAGAAUCUGUGCUCACACACACGCACGUUUUCCCUUCGCAGAAUUCAAGGAGGCCCAUGACUUGUGUUAAAAGUGCAUUAUUUUUUUGGCAAUAUGUACAGCAUACAGUGUAAACGGCAAAUAACGUUUGGGAGAGAUAAGCAAUUUUACUUACAAGGAUGACCUUUUAGCUAGGCAAGGUGGUGACAAAUGAGACAAAUAUGCAAAAAAAAAAAAAAAAACAAGUAAAGGUUAUUUUUUAACAAAACAACCACCUCUUUCUAAGGCUGUUCUGGAUUCAGUGUCAUGCAAUUUUGUUUUGUUAAAAAAACAAUGGCACCAUUGUUUUUCUUAUAUUGUUAUUAAUAUUAUUGAGAAUGUAAAUAUGCUAUUUCUAAGAAAUAUUUUAAUUAAAUAAAGCAUGUCAAAAGUGAAAA